ACCACCUCGCCGUCUAUCCAGGGACCGAGACAUGGAGGCUGAUGGUGGGAGCUGAUGUUUGGGGUGGGGGUGGUGAAUGAGGAGUGGGACAACAUGAUGGAUGUGGAGCCCCCAGAACACGAGUUGGACCCAGAGAACACCGGCUUCAUCCCAGUGGAGAACUUCACCAGUCUGGUGGAGCACCAUGAGCUGCAGUUGGACCCAUCCAAGUUGGACAUGUUGUUAGCUCUUGUCCAGAGCAAUGAAGAGGGACAGGUGUGCUACCAGGAGCUCAUCGAGCUGAUGAGCAGCAAACGCUCCAGCAGCUUUCGACGUGCCAUCGCCAACGGCCGCCGAACGCUGCAGAGGGAGAUCCUGCUGGACGAGACGGGGCUCGGGCUCUACAAACGUUUCGUCCGCUACGUGGCCUACGAGAUCCUGCCUUGUGAGACGGACCGGCGCUGGUACUUCCACCAGAACCGCCUGUGUCCUCCGCCGGUCUUCAUUGCCGUCGUCACCAUCGUCCAGAUUAUUGUGUUCAUGUGUUACGGCAUCAUGCUCAAUAAGUGGGUCCUGCAGACCUACCAGCCGGAUUUCAUGAAGAGCCCGCUGGUCUACCACCCCGGUCAUCGAGCACAAGUCUGGCGCUUCUUCAGCUACAUGUUCAUGCAUGUUGGUUUAGAGCAGUUGGGGUUUAAUGCUUUACUGCAGCUGAUGAUCGGUGUUCCUCUGGAGAUGGUCCACGGCAUCUUACGGAUAAGUUUGCUCUACAUGGCAGGAGUUCUGGCUGAACUGGGCCGGGAUGCGUUGUCCGUACAAGCUGCUCCGCAUGAUCCUGGCGCUGGUUUGCAUGAGCUCGGAGGUGGGCCGUGCAGUCUGGCUCCGCUUCUCGCCGCCGCUGCCCUCCUCGGGACCCCAGCCCAGCUUCAUGGCCCACCUGUCGGGGGCCGUGGUGGGCAUCAGCAUGGGCCUGCUGAUCCUUCGCAGCUACGAGGAGAGUCUGCAGAAGCAGUGCUCCUGGUGGGUCAUCGUUUUCUCCUUCAUCACCUUCCUCCUCUUCGCCAUCUUUUGGAACAUCUUCGCAUACGAGCUUCUUGGGGUGCAGAUCCCGCCUCCCCCCUGAUGACCCCCUCCAGCCCCUCCCCCCUUUCAGCCAUGUUCUCCUUUUACAACCUUUCAUUUCCUCCAAAGUUAAACCCAAACGAGAUCAUUCAGCAACAAAAAGAUAUCUACCGAGAAUCCUUUUUUACAGAUACUUUGCAAAUCAAAGAAAUAUGUCUCUUUUAUUAAAGAGGGAUUACAGUAGCAACAAGUCCAGAUGACAGCUCCUCAGACCCGUUUCGAGGAGCGUUCUGUCUUCUUCUACACACUGAAACUCAUCCGCAUUAUUCUUCCAGCGAAGAUGUUUCAUCACUUGCAUCUUUCAUUGAUGUUACGACCUCAAAUUAGAAGAUGCUGACUUCAUGACACGUGCCUCUGAAACAAAAUGAUUUAUAGCAGCGAAAGGUGAAAGUGUAAGAUCAGCUAAUUGUAUGUCAGAGUUUUGCUYUAAGGCACCAAGUCGGAAUCUGUGCCACAAAUCAAAUCUGCAGGAGYCGGUUUAUUUCUGAAGGCAGCAAUAAAAAUUAACUUAAAAAGAAAAAAAAA